CUCGAACAUGAACAUCCGGGACUUUUCAGGAUUUAUGUAUGCGGAUCAAUAUGGCGGCGAAUACAUUCUCCUGAUUGUGUGGUUCACAAGGAAGAUUCAUCAUGAAGAUUGACAGGAGUAAACUGAAGAAGAGCACGUCUGAAGUGCCCUUCGACUGCCAGGCUUUGAUUGAGAGACUAAAAACCAGUAGUGAUCUCCUGUCAGAGCUACAAGGAAUCAAAUCCUGGAACUAUGGCAAGUGUGAGCUGUACCAUUGGGUAGAUGUCUUGGACAGGUUUGAUGGCAUCUUAGAAGAGGGUUGCUCGGCACCACCUGACCAGCCGUGGCGACUGUCAUGUGACCAAUCCCAGAAUACCCGACUGCGGGACUCUGUACACAGUGUGCUGACCUUUACAGCUCUGCUCAUAGAACACAGCUUCUCGCGGCAUCUAUACAGCUCAGUUGAGCAUCUUACAACUCUUCUAGCUUCCAGUGACAUGAACACGGUAUUAGCUGUCUUGAACUUGGUCUAUGUUUUUAGUAAACGGUCGAACUUCUUGAUCAAGCUGGGUGCAGAGAAAAGACGGGAGCUUUUCAGUCGGCUGACCUACCUAGCAGAGAGUUGGGGCGGCAAAGAAAAUGGCUUUGGCUUGGCAGAAUGCUGCAAGAAGACCUCAAAACAGGGAAUUCCUCCAAGUGCCACAACUCUCCAUUUUGAGUUUUACUCAGAAAAUACAGCAGAAGAAAAGGUGUCGUCCAAGAAGCAUGCGGUCCAGGCAGUUACAGUCCUUCACUUGGAGCAUGUAGACAAACUUUCACAUGACCCAGUAGACAUUAUGGAAGAUCAGCUGUCACAGCACAAUGUACCAAAAGACAAACUGAUGCUUCUAUUCACCCAUAUUCGGCUAGCCCAUUGCUUUUCUAACCAUCAGAAGCGAUUACAGUGUGUACAAGCUAGGCUACAAGCCCUCUCUGUUCUAGUAUAUUCAAGUGCAAUCCAAGAAAUCUCAAGUUCUUUGUUAUAUAGUGGCCUCAUAGAGGAAUUAGUCGAUGUUCUGCAACUGGAAGAUGCUAAGCUUGUGGAUAUAAAAUCUGCUUCUCUAAGAACUCUGACAUCAGUCAUUCACCUAGAUAGAAAUCCAGACAGGCUAAUAGGCAUAAUAGAUGCCACUGGUGCUGCUUCUUAUCAUGGUUUUCUUCCUGUCAUGGUUCGACAGUGUAUACAAGCCAUGAUCGAUCCAAACAUGGAGUCAUUCCCGCACAGCCUUGCCACUUCUCUCUUCUCAUUCUUGUAUCACCUCGCCAGUUAUGAAACGGGUGGUGAAGCUUUAGUGUCCUGUGGUAUGAUGGAAUCUCUUCUGAAAGUCAUCAAAUGGCCAGGAGAAGAUGAACAGUUGCAUACAACGUUUGUAACAAGAGCUGUCCGUGUAGUUGAUCUGAUCACCAAUUUGGACAUGGCAGCUUUCCAGACCCAUGGUGGACUUUCCACAUUCAUCAACAGAUUAGAGCACGAGAUCAGCAUAUGCCGGAGGGACGUACCGUACGUCAUCAAACCAACGAUAAGAACAUCCCAGGAUGUCAUCCACUCCGCCCCACCCUCGCCAUUCUCAGAGGACAGUAGCACCAUGGAGACAGAUAGUCCGUCGGAUGGACAAAGGGUCAAUGAGGGCGCUUCCACCAGCGCUGGGACUGGAAAGGAAGAGGGGUCAAGACCUAAGAAGGGUAGAUCUGCAACCCAGUGUUUUCCACAGAGAGCAGCCCUGCUGAAAUCAAUGCUCAACUUCCUCAAGAAAGCUAUCCAAGAUCCUUCUUUCUCAGACAGCAUCAGGCAUGUAAUGGAUGGUUCAUUACCCAGCUCAUUAAAGCACAUCAUUAGCAAUGCUGAAUACUAUAGUGCAUCACUGUUUCUAUUAGCUUGCGAGUUAGUCACUGUGUAUGUGUUUCAAGAACCAUCACUUCUGUCAUCUCUGCAAGAUACAGGCCUCACCGAUGUUAUGCUGCAUGCCCUUCUUAUUAAAGAUGUUCCUGCAACCAAAGAGGUUUUGGGUUCCUUACCCAACAUCUUCAGUGCCCUUUGCCUCAACACAAGGGGUCUCGAUGCAUUCAACCAAUGCAAGCCAUUUGAAAAGCUCUUCAAGGUCCUUCUGUCGCCAGUGUACCUGCCAGCCAUGAGAAGAAGAAGAACAAAUGAUGCAUUAGGAGACACCGCAUCAUCUUUAGGUAGUGCCAUGGAUGAGUUGAUGAGACACCAACCUUCCCUCAAAGAUCAUGCCAUGACGGCUAUCAUCAAGCUGAUGGAAGAUAUAUGCAGCAUGGGGCACAACCCCAACAUCGUGUGCAGUCGAUCAGCGGUGAAGGCCAAGACACCGGCAUCUAGUCAGUCUCAGGCAACCAAUGGAGAUGACACAUCUAGUGAUGAUGAAGAUGAAGAAGAUGAGGUACCAACUUCAGUCCGGGAGCAAGAGUCUAAGAUGGUCACACCCGUCCAACCUCAAUCCACAGACCCAAAUGAAAAGACUCCUGUACCUCUAAUGGACUACAUUCUCAAUGUGAUGAAGUUUGUGGAAGCUAUCCUCUGUAAUAAUGCAACCGAUGAUCACUGCUGGGAGUUUGUGAGUCAUCGUGGUCUGGAACCCUUGCUCAAAUUCCUACGACUGCCCAACCUACCCAUAGACUUUCCCACCAGUAGUGCCUGCCAGUCCGUUGCCAGUGUAUGCAAAGCCAUUCUGUCACUUGCAAGAGAGUCUGGUGUCCUGAAGGAAGGCCUUCUAAUGCUGAAAGAAGAGCUCACUGCCCUGAAGCCCCUCCAGCUCCCCCUGGAGCCCCCUGGUGGAUCCAUCCUUCUUAGGGAGCUCGUCAACUCGCCAAACUUCACAGGGGCUCCCCUUGGAGCUCCUACCACCCCGCUCCUCAGGGCCAUGGUCUCGGCUCACUCCUACGUCACCAUGUUAGUACAUGUUUGCAGGGUUGGACAGACUGACGUAAGGACUAUUUCAGUCAACCAGUGGGGAUCAGAUCUUGGACAAGAGGUUUUACGUCACUUGAGUCAUCUGUACAUUUCAUUGGUUUGGGAGAGCAUAGUUCUCUUAGCACUCUUCACCCCUGGCACCCUACCAGAGGGCUGUGAAUUGGGCAAGCUUGAACGGGAGAAGCUUCUCCCCAAAGACUUCAUCAAGGACUCCUCGGAUGCUGCAACUCCUGCGGCAUCUGCUUCAACCAGUAAAUCGGAAAGCAAUGCAAGGACUAGUGAAAUAGAUCCGGUCAUCGGAUCGGCUAGCACGCUCAUGGACGUCAGUGAUGCCCUGUCAACCAUGGAAGUGGACGAUUCCAAAGAAGGGCCCAAGGACCCCAAGGCCAGGCCCAAACCCAAUGCUCAGAUGCUGCAAUUGGUGAAACAGGCCAUGCCAGUGCUCUAUGCACCUUCUAGACUUGGAAAAGCACUCUCUGAGUUGUUUGGUUUGCUUGUGAAGCUUUGUGUCGGAUCGUCGGUGAGACAGAGGAGCAGGCAGCAUCUGCAUCCCAAUCCUAGCCCUCCAUCGGAAGCAGCCAGGAAUACAGCCAAGGUUCUCAUGGAACUGCUUCUCAACAGUCUUUCAUGGACCCCUCCACCAGCUAGCCCACUGCCAAAAUUCAGGGUAACAUUCUACAUCUGUGCUGUUAGCUUUGCAUCUCCUAUGCUGUUUGAUGAGAAGAAGAAUCCCUAUCACCUCAUGCUACAGAAGUUUGUCAGCACAGGAGCUCAUGCAGCCCUCUUUGAUGCAUUCCAUUGGGCAGUCACCAUGGGUGGUAAGAUGAGAGCUUCAGAAUGUAUGGAACAUCCAGACCUACCAGAGGGAACAGGAGAGUUCAUAGAUGCAUGGUUGUCUCUCAUCGAGAAGUUAGUGAAUCCUGAGUCUGUCCUGGACUCUCCUCAUGCCAUGCCUGCCAAGGGUACAGUUCCCGGUUACACACCCUUCAACCCUGUCCAGUUCCUAAUCAAUACACACAAGUCUGCAUUCAAUGUGAUCAUGAACCUCUGGGGCUGCCGCUCCCUCAAAUCUCUUGGCAACCGGACGGCAGAGAGCCUACUGGCCAUCCUCUGUCAUAUCGUACGCGGAGAAUCGGUUAUUGCUGAGCGGGUGAAGCAGGCCAAGAGCGAGGAGGCUGGGAGUAGUUCUGGAGAAGCGUCAUCGUCGGGUGGGGCUAGUACGUCUUCAGGAUCAGCUGGUUUCAGUAGGGCAACAAGGGGUUUAUUUGAGUCUGGAUUCUUGACGGGGUUGAGCAGGGGCAGCACCAGACCACGAGCCGAACCCAAUGAGGAACAUGUCAGACAGCUGAUGGAUAUGGGCUUUACAAGGGAACAUACACUAGAGGCUCUACAGCAGUCGACCUCUCUUGAGAGAGCAGCUGAGUGGGCUCUGACACAUCCACCAAGACUUCCACAGACCUUUGGAACAGGACUGAGUGAAGAGGAAGAAAUGAUGCAAGCCAUUGCCAUGUCUCUUGGAGAAGCCAUCCAACCUUCAGUUGAUCAACAGGAGGAGGAGAAGAAAAAGAAAGAGGAGGAAGAGCGUAAGAAAAAAGAGGAGGAAGAAAGGAAGCAGAAACAGAUGGAAGAACAAGAUAAGAUUCCAGAGGAGGCUCCCCUUGAUAAAGCCAUCCUCAAUGAGUUUGUGGAUUCUAUGCUACCAGGAUGUCUCAAGCUCCUUGAUGAUAUACCAGAAACAGUCUAUAGAGUGUGUGACUUACUAGUGGUGGCCAAUAAUAGGAAUGGCACCGAAUGGAGGGAUAAGAUGCUUGAAAUGGUCAUCAAUCAGAUUUCCGAGAAUGCCAGAAUGUUGUGCAAUAGUUUUGCCAGUAUUUUAGUGGACCCUUCCAGUGUUUCAGACUCCAAGAUUAUUGAUAACCUAUCGUCAUGCCUGGCUUCUAGAAUUCACCUCCUCUGCCUCCUCUUUGAGGAGAUCCGGAUGGCUUGUGCUCAAAGGGUGGAGGGAUCAAACAUCCUUGAUACACUCAUUACACUGCUAUACACAGCACAGAAAUGGAUGUCACAGAUGAACCUCACUAAAACACCAAAGUGGAUGGGUCCAGCAUUGCUUCUUAUUGAUCUCUAUGAGAAGACUGUUCUUACAUGCAAGAGGAAGGUGGCACAGCAGGGUGCUUCACAUACCUGGAAAUGGUUUGAUGACUCCACUGGACGCUGGUGUACCUACAGCCGUAGUAACAAUAAGACCAUAGACGACGCAUACUGGGCUGGCAAACCUAGCGUGAAAUUCACCGCUGCCAGGAGAAGAUAUGUUGUCCACUUUAACACCAUGAUACAGGUAAAUGAAGAGACAAUGAACAAGAGACCUAUUAUGCAAGCCUUGCCCACACCAAAGACUGAGGACGACAAAGCAGAUAAGAAAGAGGACGAUGGUGAGAGAGAAGCCAAGAAACUCAAGACCAGUGAGAGUCUGGAAUCGGCUUCAAAAACAGAAGGUGCAGGAACGAGCCAAGAUAGUAAGGAUGAAUCCAUUGCCAAAGAACCUGAAAUCGUUGAGAUUCAAGGAUUAGGAGAGAAAGAAAUCCCAACCCUCAUCAGAGCAUGUGUUGGAUUAAUAGGUGUGCCGGUGGAUCCAGACACCAUGCAUGCGGUGCUGAGGAUAUGUCUACGCUUCACCCGGGAUCAUUCAAGUGCUCUCCUGUUUGCCAAGCUUGGUGGUCCCAAGCUCUUGCUGUCUCUCACCCAAGCAUCCUCCUUCAAUAGCUUCCCAAUCCUAGCCAAUCUACUUCUUAGACACGUCUUUGAGGAGAAACAGGUGCUUCAGAAUACUAUGGACAAGUUAAUCUAUGCAGUGGCCAACAAGGGAGUGGGAUGCAACACGUGCAAUGUUGCUCUGGGCAGCGUGGGAUGUCGAGAAAUGAACUUUGUUCUGCGGAAGCUUGGACCCCUGGCUUGUCGCGACCAGGAGCUCUUUCUCAACUCGGCCAAGGGUAGCCUCAAGAUCGCGCUCCCACCUGCAAAGAGAGGAGAAGAAGAUGAUUCUCGCUACACGGGACCUAAUGCUCUACAGCUUUUAAAGGCUUCUGCCCCCAAGACCUUCACCCCGACUCUAAAAGGACCCAUGCUGACUGUUCUCUGUGAUCUUCUGGAUGCUUUAAUCGUUCCAGUCCUUCCUUCACAGCAGGAAGACAAGGAAGUAAAGUCCAAACCUCAACCAACAGCCACUGCCUCUGCCAGUGCUCCUGCAGCCUGUGGCGUGGCGAGUGCUGAAGGGGCAGUUGCUGCGGCCGCUGCAGUAUCGGACAUCCAAACUUCAGAGGAUAUAGGAAUGGGACUGAGGGAGAUUGGAGACAGACUGCUUGGUAUCUACAGUGGAAGGAGAGGCCCACCAAGGACAGCAGAGAGGCUCAAUAGUGUUCCUGAUGGUGCUGUACAAGAAGAGCCUCAUGAUGCAUCAACAUCGGGUACCGAGGCUACGAGUCCCCCAGUGAUCCUGGACGCCAAGAAGACAUCUGCCUCAUCAGCAGGAACAACGGGACAGACAACAUCCAAAGACGAAGCAUCGAAGAGCAAAAUCCUAAUCCCAAAGUCGGCCAUUUUGCGUCUGCUAGCUGAAUUGGUCAUGUCGUAUGCAGGCAUCGCACAAGCCGUGGCCCAGUACCAGUACACCGUCUCCCAGACAAAGCAUGUAAAUGAGGAUAGAACCGCUCUCGAAUACAUCCUGGACCAUCUUCUACCGCAGUGUCAGAAAGCAGGUGAUAAGGACUGUCCAGGCCUAGCUCAGGUUCUGCUUGCCAGUAUAGCAGCCAGUAACCAUAGUCCUGAUGCACAGAUGCUCCUGGUCACAGAGAUCAAGGGUGCGCUUGGUAGAGCCUUGGCUAUGCCGGAGAGUAGUGAGAAACAUUCUCGCAUCCAGGCACUUACAAUGUUGAUCUGUGUGAUGAUCGAGGCAUGUCCAUCCUCCAGUUCCGCCCAUCAAGCAACAGUGGGAAGCUCAUCUUACAAGAACCAGCUUGGCGGUAUGAACAUCAUCACCCGUCUCCUACUCCGGAAGGGGCUGGUCACGGACCUAGCUCGAGUCCCUCACUCUCUGGACCUGUCCAGCCCAAAUAUGGCCUCCACCAUCAACUCUGCCCUCAAACCUCUGGAGACCCUGUCACGGAUCGUCAACCAUCCACCGGUCGGACUGCGAGGUAUCGGCAGGAUCAAGAAUGGUGCACAUAUCCUUGAUCCAAGGUCCACUUCUACAACUGAUGCUACUGAUCGAGAGUCCGUUGCCAAUGUGUUGGGAGUACAGGAAGAUACACAAGAUUCUACAGACCUAGAUGAUCAGGCAGAUCUUGAAUGCAUCGUUGAUGAGCUCCUUGAUGGGACGGCUGGUAGGGCUGAGGUGUUAGGAGAAACACUCAUCGCUACAGGACCCGAGAGGCUGGGUUCCCUCAGAUCAGCGUUUGUAGAUCAAGCAGGUGAAGCCUCCCAGGAUGAGAUGGUAAUCACCAUGACGGAUGAUGGAGAGGAGAUGGACCAGUCUCUUGGUGAUGCGGAGAUGAGGAGUCAACAUAGUCAUGAAGGAGUCAGGACAGCAGAUAGAAGGUCUACCUUAAAUGAUGCUGUAGAUGCUGAUGAUGACAGCGUUCAAGACGAUGACUCUGCAGCUGAAAGUGAUUCCGAUGAUGGCAAUGAGGAUAGACAGGAUGAAGGGGACGAAGAUGAAGAGGACGAGGAGGAUGAUGAAGAGGAGGAAGAGGAAGAUGAAGAGGACCACGAUGAUGGCUCGGAGAUGGAUGCCGAAGAUUAUGACAUCACUGAAGAUCUAGACUACUUCCGAGUUGGGGAUCGCGAUGAGGAUAUGUGGGUCGGUGACACCGACGAGGACAUGUUGAUUCAGUUAGAUCCUGUGUUCUCAGGUGUUCCUGCAUCGAUAAGAACAUAUCAGCUUCCCGUGGCCAUUCAUGAAGACACUAGGAAUGCAAAUGAUGUAUCGGCUCCCAACAUCCCAGUCCCUCCAAGUGUAAUCUCGGCCAGCCAUCCCCUCCUGGUCAGACACAGUGACCACACCAACCUGACCCAUGGUGUCAGCCAGACCAAUCGCAAUCAGAGGGUCUCCAGGCAGAGGGUCAAUCGCCAUGGUACCACACAGACCGUUCACAUCUAUCAUUCCGGAGCAACAAGGCCGCCCAACGUCCAGAAUGUCCUGAGGCUGCUGGGCCUGUCAUCGUCCACUGACAUCGUCCAGCUGACCACCACCAGCUCUGGUCAGGGCAACCAGACCAGGGUCUAUGUUGCCAACUCGGGAGAUGACAUCAACCAGAACCGAGAGGAGGUGUCCGAUAUCUUUGAGGAGGGGUACAACAUGGGCUACUUCAGCGGUUCCAACUUCCUGUCUGUGGUGCCACCGGUGUACAGGAGAUGGGAUGAAGAGAGCAAGGUCCUGGAUGGAAGGAGUGUGCAUGACUGUGUGCAAGCCUUGAAGCCAGAAAUCAUCAGCCUUCUUGAGAAGCACCGGGACGAAGAGCUGGCAGAACGGAAAGAAAAGAGAAAGAAGCAGGCAGAAGAGGACGCGAAGAAGAAGGCAGAGGAAGAGGCCAAGAAGAAAGCAGAAGAGGCUAAGAAGGCCGCUGAAGAAGCCAAGAAAGCCGCUGAAGUAGCGACCAAGGCUGAAGGUGCUAAAUCGGAGGAAGACACCAAAGAGAAGGAAGAGAAUAUGGAGGUUGGUGAAAGCAGUGAUCAGCCAAAGGAAGCAGAAACGGCUACAAAUCUAUCAACAACAGCUCCUUCACAGCCACCCAGAUCAGGAAUAGACAUGGGUCAACUUGUUGCGAGUGUUGCCGAGUCUGCCCUUGGGAGUGCCAUAUCGUCAGCCCUGUCUGCCGCUACUCUUACCAAUACCAUUACAACAUCCACUUCAACUGCUGUUACCACUACUGCUGCAUCAGACAUGGCUGCCACUCCAACGGAUACUGCCCUGUCAGUGGCUUCGUCCUCAAUCUCCAGUAGCUCAGAAUCAAGAUUAUCAUCGACACCUCAACCAGGUCUAACUGGUGUACCACAACUCGUUACAGUAACGGCCAAUUCCCCAACCCCGACCUCGACAGUAUCAGCCUCCCAGCCGUGGGGCGUAUUCCCCCCAUUAAUACCGGCAACUCCUCCAUCAUCCGAUGCUACUCAAUCCAAUGCAACCACUACUACCACCAUCACCACCACUUCCACCAACAUCACCACUGCCGCCACAGCCAUCCUCACCACCAUGUCCACCGCUGCAACCCCUACCAUGGCUACGGCAGUGUCUACCACCACAUCAACCUCAUCAUCACUUUCAUCAUCAGCCCAAGCUGCUCCUCCUCCUAGACAGACCACCAGGCCAACCACCUCCAUCUUUGCUUCUCUCAUCGAAUCAGAUAUGAUGGAAGUACCCUUACCAUCUGUGCCGAAUCCUCAAGGUUCAUCAAGUCCUAUUGUAAGCAGUGGUAUCACUAUGUCUGCUGCAUCAUCAGGCAGACCAGAGUCAUCUGUCAACACAGCUGGUGUCAGCCUACCUGAGGGUGUCGAUCCAUCAUUCCUUGCUGCUCUACCGGAGAACAUUAGGCAAGAAGUCCUGCAAGAGCACCUUGGGAUUCGCAAUACCCCUCACCAGACUGCUUCCCAACCAGCGUCUGCCCCUCCAUCGGCUCCAGGUGAACCAGCAAGCUCGUUGAGUCAGGUUAAUCCAGAGUUCUUGGCUGCUCUACCACCACAUAUACAGGAAGAGGUCCUCGCGCAAGAACGAGCUGAACAGCAACGACACACCCUGGCUGCCCAGAGUAGCACAUCUGCCCCUGUUAUACCGGCCGAGCCAGUGGAUCCUGCAGCCUUCAUCCAGAACCUUCCCCCUGGACUUCGUCAGACCGUUCUUGCAGACAUGGAUGACAGUGUGCUGGCAGUUCUUCCUGCAGACAUUGCUGCUGAAGCCCAGGCUCUGCGACUGGACCGUGUCCUUAGACAUCGUCAGCUCAUGCAGGAUCGACUGCUGAGGGAGACUGGUAUGCUGAGUGCUAUCCUCCGCUAUUCAGGUUUGCAAGGUCGAUUAGGGCAUGGAAUGAACUAUUAUCGUUUAUCUGUACCCCGGCAAACAGGCCAAUCUUGGGGUUGGGGAGGUAGCAGUUCCAACCGCGGCAGCAGUCACUCACGACAGCAAGGUAUGUUUAGUUCCAUCACUCAAAACCAAGGCAGACAACUUGUAGACCUUGAGGCGUUGACCUGCCUUCUUGUACUCUUGUUUGUCAACGAACCCAAGCUUAAUCUGGUGCGUUUGCUACGAGUGCUUCGCAACCUCAGCUUCCAUCAGCCUACCAGACAAUGGAUCCUACAGGCUUUACUCAGCAUCAUGGAACGCACUAAGGCAUGUAAGACACUAGGUGAUGGCAAAGUAGGAAAUGCAGAAACGGACGUGUUGCCCUUGCAAAGGAUGGACUCUGGUUCAGGAAAGGCUUAUCAGCAACCCUCCUGGCUUUCAAUCAGCAUGGACGCUGCCUUAGGAUGCCGUGCUAGUGUCUUCAAGGUGCAAAGGUCCAGCAAAAAGAGCUCUGACAAGCAAGGAUCCCUAGUUUGCAUACAUCCACAGGUAGCACCAAUGGUGUGCAGACAUGUCAUGGAUGCUCUACUUGCUCUAGCAAAGGAGUUUCCAUAUCAGUUUAUUCCCAUAGCGAGCAAGAAGGACGCUCUUAAAGACUUUUCAGGGAUUCCUGGUUUAUCAAAUACAAGUAGUAGUGCCUCAAGCAACAGUGAACGCAAGUCGACACUCACUUCCAGUCAAGAAAUGGGUGAAGAUGCAAAGACAAGUGGAAGUCAGAGUGAUUCCAAAGCUAGUAACAAAAUAGAAUUAGACUUUUGGGACUUACUGGUAAGACUGGACAACACCAGUCAAGGCAGAAAAGGCAAAGUUACUUCCCGCCCUUCAACAGUUCCUGCAGCGAAGGAAGGCCAGGACCCAGAUACUAGUAAUUCAGCACUUUCCAAAUUGAUGGCUAUGUUGUCACAUCCUGUGGUCAAGCGGAGUACAGCUCUCACUGAUAAGCUCCUACAUCUGCUGUCCAUGGUGACUAGCUCUUUACCUGAUGGAGACAAGGACAAGAACAGUAGUCUGCAGUCUGGUGUUUUACGGAGACCCAACCCAUACUUGUCAGAUGCGGUCAGGACCUCAUCGAACCGAUCAUCUUCUAUCUUGGCUGUAGCAGCGCCCUCGUGUGGGGAUCAGUCAAGCAGAGCACAAGCCAGUGAAGACACCAGUAGUUCUGCCAUCACUCCACCUGUAGGUAGUCCUAUGGAUACUGCAUCACAAGAGCUUCCAAAUACACAGAGUGCCAAUGAAGAAGAGUCAUCAAGCAGUAAGACAGAACCUUCUGUUCCUGAUAAAACUCUGGUAGAUGAGAACCUCCUCCAGCUGGCAGUUGAGGUGUUGACAGCUCACACCUGUUCUGAAGAUGGUCUAGAGGAUGCUACCACCAUGUUGAUGCAAUUAUCCAGAGGUCAUGCUACCACCAGAGAGGCUGUCUUGAGACUCUUACUCAGAGGAGCACAAGAACUUGGCCAGACACUCUGCAGAGACAUCAUGAAACUGUAUCGUCAGGUUCAGGAGUACCGCGCUAGACAGGUCCAGACAGAUACGUCCCCUGAUGAUCCGGACGAUAGCACUACCAGCAUGGCCUCCAGUGCUCCGUCAUCGUCCACACCCUCUCAGGGUUCCAUUGCCGACCGCUACAACCCCAGCGCAAGUAUCGUCAUCAACGCCCCCACCACGGGCGCCAAGAGGUCAGGGUUUGAGCUUCGGCUGCAGUCCAUGGGACUCUUCACGGGCAAGACUUCAAACCAGAACUUCCUGUUGCGGAUGCUGAAGGUCAUUAUCCAGCUGCGAGAUGUGGCCAAGAAAGCCAAGCGGGUGGCCGACAUUCAGAGGUUGGGUGGUCCAAAUAUUGCUGCAGCUGUGGCUGCUCUGGAAACCAAUGCAACAGAGCUGAUGCAGAUGAUGAGUAGACGCAGCACGGUCGCAUCCAGCAGUAGACAGACUACUGAUAGACAGAAUAGCCAAACAUCUCAGGGGGCAUCUGGUGCGGAGACCAGCUCAGCUGCCAGUACGCCAUCGGGCACAGCUAACACUACGCCGGUCUCCGAACAGCCCCCACCCGUUUCCGCAGCAGCAGUCAUCGACACUGGAGAGGUGGUCAGUACGGGACGCACUCUCUCUGCACCUGCCGAAACUCCCAUGGAAGUAGACUCUGUUACACAGAGGGUACAGCAACUGGACCGCCAAGCAUCCACCAGCACCCAGGCCAGUCACAAACCAGAGGAUGGUGAUGACGAUAGUCCUCAGCUGAGUGAACUCCUUGGCCUGGAGGAGUUAUGGGACACCCUGAGCACCUGUCUGACGGAGCUCUCCCUCACACCAGACACCCAUGCAGUGCUUGUCUUGCAACCUGCCGUGGAGGCCUUCUUCCUUGUCCACGCCUCCGACAAGGAUUCCAGCAAGGUAUCCCGCUCUGCACCUGAAUCGUCCCAACCCUCCGCCUCCUCGUCCUCCCAGGCUCUUCACAGGGAAGGGCUCACCAGCAGUGCCUCUGAUAUGGCUCCCGUCUCGCCCAUGCCGAGUACCCCAGCAUCGGGAUCAUCGGCUGGGUUCUUUGCCAGGGAGAGCUCGGUCACAUCCAUCGUUACUCCCAACAUGCCGAGUGAUACGCAGAAGUUUUUGACAUUUGCAGAGAAACAUCGCAACGUGCUCAACCAGAUCCUGAGGCAGUCCACCAUCCAUCUCUCCGAGGGGCCUUUCUCCGUGCUCGUCAACCACGUACGCAUCCUCGACUUUGACGUCAAGAGGCGUUAUUUCCGCCAGGAGAUGGAGCGAGGCGACGAGGGCAUGCGACGCGAGGACAUGGCCAUCCACGUGAGAAGGGAGCAUGUUUUUGAGGAUUCGUACCGUGAAUUGCAUCGGCGUACCCCAGAACAGUGGAAGAAUCGAUUCUAUGUGGUCUUUGAGGGUGAAGAGGGCCAGGAUGCUGGAGGGCUACUCAGGGAGUGGUACCUUAUCAUCUCAAAAGAGAUCUUCAACCAGAUGUACGCACUGUUCCGUACGUCUCCGGGAGACAGGGUAACCUACAUCCCCAACCCGUCGUCCCACUGCAACUCCAACCAUCUCAGCUACUUCAAGUUCGUAGGCCGCAUCAUCGCCAAAGCCAUCUAUGACAACAAGCUUCUGGAGUGUUAUUUCUCUCGCUCCUUCUACAAGCAUAUUCUCGGGAAACCAGUCAAGUACACUGACAUGGAGAGUGAAGACUAUGCUUUCUACCAAGGACUUGUAUUCCUGUUGGAGCAUGAUGUCUCGGACCUUGGUUAUGAUCUAACCUUCAGUACUGAGAUUGAAGAAUUUGGGGUGACGGAAGCGAGGGACCUGAAGCCCAACGGCAGCAACAUAACAGUAACCGAGGAGAACAAACAAGAGUACGUCCACCUGGUAUGCCAGAUGAAGAUGACGGGUGCCAUCCGCAAACAGAUCGACAGCUUCCUGGAAGGCUUCUAUGACAUCAUCCCCAAGAAGCUUAUUGGUAUCUUCAAUGAGCAGGAGCUGGAGCUCCUGAUAGCAGGGCUGCCUACCAUCGACGUGGACGACCUGAAAACCAGCACAGAGUACCACAAGUAUCAGAGCAACUCUCUGCAGAUCCAAUGGUUCUGGAGAGCGCUACGCUCCUUUGAUCAAGCCACGAGGGCCAAGUUUGUCCAGUUUGUGACGGGAACCUCCAAGGUACCCCUCCAAGGGUUUGCAUCCCUGGAAGGAAUGAACGGACCUCAGAAAUUCCAGAUCCAUCGUGAUGACAGGUCUACAGAUAGACUACCAACUGCUCAUACAUGCUUCAACCAAUUAGACUUGCCAGCCUAUGAGACGUAUGACAAGCUUCGACGAAUGCUCCUUCUCGCCAUCGAGGAGUGUACUGAGGGAUUUGGGCUUGCAUAGAAUCAAGAGAAAUGAUGGCCUCCAGUCCAGAACACAGUUAUUUACCUUUCUGAUGAUGAUGAUGAUGAUCAAAUUGUUAUCAUUCCCCUGUGCUAGGAAAAAAUAGUAUUAUCAGAGACUAUCGUUUCCUGCAUCCUUGAAUAAACAUUUGAAUGUUUUAGAUAAAGUUUAAAAGAUUUUUUUUUUAGUUAAGGGAUAUUGUAAUGAACCUUUACUCAAUGUCAUAUACCUUUAACUUAGUAUUUUAUACCUUAUAUACUAAAACUGCAUACCUUUAUCAAUUCUGAUGUGGCCAUAUUUUUUGGUGUAUGGCAAAUCAAGAUUGAAUCAUAUCAAUAUUAUUUGUACUUAACCUACACCAUAACAUGGAGUAUUUGGCUGAUUUAUUGCAAGAAAACACUUAUGCAGAAUGAUGGCAAGAAACAAUAUUGCAUUCUGUUUGAAGAUAACAAUCUGUUUAUCUACUGUCCGGUAUGCUGCUGAUUUCAAUAAUUUCGCAAUACAUGCGUCACCGACAUUCAUUAUCGUGAGAGGCGUACUUAUCCAUGUGGGGCAAUAUUAUUUUGCUAGGUAGAAGGUGCCAUGAGUGAGGAUAGAAACAAUUUAAGUAAUUGAUCUCAAUGAUGAAGAUUAAUCAGUAAAAUUAAUAGUGAGAUCCGAGGAAGACUAGAGUGAUAACUGAGGUUUAUAAUCUCAUGAAGUACAAGAUAAAUAUGGUAAAAACAGUGUGUUGCAUACACUGUGGCCAGACAAUCUCCGAAGAUUAACAGGAAAUAGUGACAUCACGAUAAGGAUGAAACUGAAGUUGCAAGGAUUGCAAAUUAUGUGAAUUAAAGCUUUCCCACUCAAGCCUCAUGUGAUCAAUUUGGUUUUCUUUUCUUUUUUUCUACUAACAAAAUAAUUAAAUCGAAGUUCAUGAAACUAUAUAUUGAUCACACAAUUUUUUUUUCAAGUGAUGAAAUUCAAAUGAGAGUUUCUGAAAGCUUAAUCACUUGUAUUAGAAUAUAUAUUUAUAAAGCGCUUAGACACGUUCCGAUGUAUUAAGUGCUGUAUAAAAAGGCGGAUUAUUUUUAAAACAGAAGUAUGAUGAAAGGUCUUGAGCGGUGUUGAUGUAGUCUUGGAUAAUUCUUUGCUACCAGUAUGGAUGAAUGAACCUGCUAUUGGUGUAGUGUGUCAAUCCAUGUGGUAAGCCUAGUUACUAUCAAGCAAGCAGGGUCUUUAGUCUAGUUAUCCUUCAGGUGCUUCCUGCUCAUCAAAUCAAAAUUUUGGUUCUUGUCAGGUGAUGACUAAUGCUAUUCACAAUGUAUCAACUAUGCACAUACAGUGACAAAGAAUUUUUGAUUUUACAAAAUGUGAAUUGUACAAGAAGUUCAUUCUAAUUUCACUUUGCCAGUUACAGAGAUAUGCAAAAGGGAAUCAUUGUAACUUUUUAAGUUGUCCUGCUCUAGUUUUUUUUUUUUUACUCUCCAACCAUGCCUUUCACCUGCAUAUGAUAUGCUUUGAAAUAUUCAAGCAAUCUAGAUAUUCUCCCGAAUUAAUAGUCCCAACUUUGUUAAUUGUUAGUUAAUUAAUAUCAUAAGGAUACUGAAUUGUAAGGAAACACAGCCAAAAGUGCACCAUUGUAUCUUUUCACAGAUUUUUCAUUUUAAGCAACCAGCUUCAUGUGUGCUUGCGCAUACACUCGAUCAAAUUAUUACCACAGCUCAGGGCAGACAAAGACAUUGAAUAGUGGGGUUCCUUUCAUCGCAAAAUCUAUUCUAUUUACAUAUGGACAUAUAUACUUGUAUACACUGUUUCAUAUACAUAAUUAUAUAAAUGACCUUUCUUAGAGGAUGGUCUAUAUGACAGUCCUUUAUAGAAGACAAGUUUGUUGCUUGAAUUUCAAGCUCAAGAAGCGGUGGAAAUUCAAGGUGACUUGUUUAUAUCUAUCUGAUCGGUCAGUAUAAUCACAACACAUUAAUGAUUAUUCAAAAUAAAUGUUGAAUCUUUAGGCCAGUGUAAAUGUUUGGUCAUAUUAAUGGAUUUCUGAUCUACUUGUAUAAAACUGAUUUUGACUCAUGAUAUUGGCAGUAACGUGAUUUGAUAUCUUACAUAUUGCAUGUUUUAUUUCUAUUUCUUUUUUUCUAUGCCAUGUUAAACAAUAGAUAAUAUCAAGAAUUGUCUCUUUAGUCUAUAAAAUAGAAAGUUUUGAAAGAAUUGAAGAGGGGUUUUUUCCAUGAUGUUCUGUAUACAGUAUUUCUCAAUUGGUUCAGUGUUUAUCAGUUAUAAUAACAUUGAGAAGAAAAUUGAUAUGUUUUUGUAUCAUAGAUAAUUUGUGAACUAUGAAUUGUACAUUUCUAUGAGGAAUAGACAAGAUAUUCUGAGACAAAUUGAAAUAUUUCUGAAGUCUUGAGCAUUAUUAUUGAUAUCAUAAAUGUUUUGUUUGUAUGAAAGCUCCAAAAGGCUGGAUUUCCUUUAUGUGAUGUACAAAAAAUGAUAAAUUCUUGCUUUGAAAUGAGUUUAAAAAGCAAAUUAGUAUUUGAUUACAGAACUUAACUAGGGAAUGAUUUAUGCAUUUGAAGCAAUAACUUUAUUGCAUCAUAUCAUAUUUUGUUCUUGGCAUAUUUCCUGAUGCAAUUGUGAUAUGUGGGGGAUGGGUCAGUGAGGUUUGGAUUUAUUGUUCUCGUUUCAGGCAUUGUUGGAAAUAUAAGUGUGUGUAAAGAAACAAGGAUUGUUUCACAGACUUGUAUUCAAGGGAAACUUGAAGUUGAAAAAUUGAUUAAAGAUUGUUUGAAAAUGUUAUUUAGGGCCUCUAGCCUACUGUGCAAAGAAGUCAGUGGUCAUUGCCAAUUAAAGAUAUGACU